GUUAUCGUCUUUCGUCAACCAGAUUUCCAAAAAUGGCGUCUACUUUGAUCUUCCUGGCCUGUUUGGCUGUUGCCACGUUGGCAGUUCCUGCCAGGCAAGGGGAUGGAAUCGCUGAUCUGUCGAAGGCUAAUGCUGGUUUCUCUCAACGUCUGUACCAGAAAAUUGCAGUGGGCAAAUCGGAGGCUGUAUAUUCACCUUACAGCAUCCACUCUGCCCUGAGCAUGGCGGCUCUCGGCGCCCGCGGACAAACCGCCUCGGAGAUGUACUCAACCCUGGGACUGACGUCAAUGGCGGCCGGACCCGACAACGCUUACCACGACCUCAUUGUGCGGCUCAACUCAGCCAAGGACGUUCAGCUGUACACAGGCAACGGCGUCUUCGCCAACCCAAGCUUCAACAUUGUCCCUAGUUUCGUCAAUGACGUCCAGAAGAAAUAUUUCGCCAAGGCCGAAGCUUUUGACAUGAAUGCUGCCGGUGGUCCUGAGAAGCCGAUUAACGAUUUCAUUGAGGCAAAUACCCACCAUAUGAUUAAAGAUGUGGUCAAACCCAG